UUAAAGUUGAAAGAUACAAUUAUAUUUUACACCCCCCCUGCUGGAGAACAAACAUUUUUUUGUCAUGCGCAAUCGUCAACGGAACGUUGUGAAUUGUGAACGUGCAUCUUUCUACCAAGAUUUUCUGGUAUCAUGGUAUCAUAAGAAUCACUGAUAAAAAUUAACAUUAACUCCACUAGUCGACAAAAUAUAAUUGUACCAAAAACAGUGGACAUUGUGUCAAACGUUGAUUGUGUCAUUUCUAUCCUUUUUAAUCAAAAUACACUUGAAUUUACCUAAAAAUGUCUUUGGCAGACGAGUUACUAGCAGACUUGGAAGAAAUAGGAGAUGAAGGAAAUGUGGACAUUAUUGAUAAUGACAACAUUGAAGAAGCAAUGGAGACAAGUGACAGCUUGGAUACGAAGUCAGUUAAACAUAUAGCUAAACUAAGAGAUGGAAAGCAACUUCAAGAUGUUUUAGAGAAGAUUAAAGAAUUCUCAGAAAAACCACGAGGGGAAAUGUUUGGGCCAAUAGAAACGGACCCAGAAUACCAGUUAAUUGUGGAAGCUAAUAACUUAACUGUAGAAAUUGAUAACGAGAUUAGUAUCAUUCAUAAGUACACAAGGGAUCAGUAUGCCAAACGGUUUCCAGAACUUGAAUCACUUGUGCCCAGUGCUUUAGAUUACAUUAAAACUGUACAGUUGUUGGAUAACGAUUUGGAAGUUUCAAAUGUUGAUCUCACAGAGAUCUUGCCACCUGCCACAAAGAUGGUUGUCAGUGUCACUGCUUCUACAACGCAGGGUGAAAGAUUAGAAAAUGAUGAGUUGGAACGUGUUAUGGAGGCUUGUCAAAUGGCGCUGGACCUUGUUGAAGCAAAGGCAAGGAUUUUUGAAUAUGUUGAGUCCCAGAUGUCUUUUAUUGCUCCAAAUACUUCUUGGAUUGUUGGUGCAACAGCUGCAGCCAAGUUGAUGGGAAGUGCAGGUGGUUUGACCAGUUUGUCAAAAAUGCCUGCAUGCAAUGUGCUGUUGCUCGGUGCUCAACGAAAAACGCUUACUGGCUUCUCUAGUGCUGCAAUACUACCACAUACUGGUCACAUCUAUUAUUGUGAUUUGGUUCAGAGUUUACCACAAGAUUUACGAAAGAAAGGAGCUCGCAUAGUUGCUGCAAAAUGCACAUUGGCUGCUCGUGUUGAUAGUUUCCAUGAGAAUGUUGAUGGCAGUAUUGGUCGAAAUUUUUUUGAGGAUAUUGAGCAUAAAUUUCGAAAAUGGCAAGAACCACCACCUUUGAAGGAAGCCAAACCUCUACCAAGACCUGAUGAUGCUCCAAAAAAGAAACGAGGAGGUCGACGUGUAAGGAAAAUGAAAGAGAAAUCUGCAAUUACAGAACUUCGUCGGCAAGCUAACCGAGUUCAGUUUGGUAAGAUUGAGGAGGACAUGUUUCAAACUGAUAUGGGUUUUUCUGUGGGUGCUCAAACAAAAGGAUCAGGUAAAGUCCGUGCUGCUGCUGAUAAGAAGACUCAAGUUUCAAUCUCCAAACGACUUCAGCGAAAUCUGCAACAAGGACAGGCGACCUACGGUGGAAAGUCCACCGUUCGUGGCCAGACCUCUGGAACGGCAUCUAGCGUUGCUUUUACACCUCUGCAAGGUCUGGAAAUUGUAAAUCCGCAUGCAGCCGAGAAACGUGUUGCUGACGCAAACGCCAAGUAUUUCUCCAGUACAUCUGGAUUUUUACACGCCAAAAAGAAAGGGACUGGAACCAAAUAGAUAUUGGACCUGUAAUCGGAAGACUAUUCAGGUGAUGAAAUUUCAAUUUAUUCCUGGAUGAAAAACGGAAAGGAAAACACUCGAAUCACAGAUACGAAUGCUUUUUAUGCCUAAAAUGUGAGAUGUUUUGAGCCACGCUUUGAAUCCAUCAAAUGAUUUCCGUUGCUUUUUUCUACCCUCAUAAAUUUUGCAGCAGGUGUCAAGUUUAGCUAAUCGCUAUACAGUGAACUUUUUUAUCUUAACCUUUAUCUUGAUGUGAAUUAUUUAUUGGAAUAAAUACCGCGUGUUGGCAAUCACAAAA